AUGGCGGCCAGUCUGCGAACGGGCACCUGGGAUACAACGCCCCACAUCCGUGCGGCGGGGCGGCAUUCUUCCAAGCCAGAAGGUGCUGCAGUCUGCCUGCAGCCAGACGAGAACGCCGGCGAGCGUCCGGAAACCCCGCCAGAAAUCAAAAAGUACCGCAAGUCCACGCGGUACGAACCGGGCAAGGUCGUAAAGCACUAUGGGCUGGCGGAUGAUAAAGUCCCACUCAGGGAGAACCAGGCCUUUGGAAUGAAGAAGGAGAAGACGGCGGAUGACAAUGUCGCAUCGGUGAUAAGAGCGACGCCUGAGUCGGCGAUGCUCAAGUGGCACCAGGAACGGAAAGAGGACAUAUACGCCAGCACCAAGCGGGAGCCCCUUGGAAAGCCUAUGAGCAGGGGAUAUGUUAUCCCCGACGAACUUGGCACCACGAAGGCGUUUGGCAGCUUCAUUGAUGCGAAGUACCGCAGCCGGCACCCCGAGACCAAGGACGUCAUCUUCAAUGCCCGGGAGGGCUUGGACGAGAACGAGCAGACUCACAAUGCUUACGUCAAGACGCACGGGGAUUACGGCCCGGGGGAGCAACGGCGCAGAAACUACGACUGGGACAAUACACCGGUGAAGGACCCGGCGAACCACAAGUUCGGAGUGACGGACACGGAGGGUCGCCACUGCGGGGGGGUCGCGGCGCUGCUAAACCAUGGGGAGGACGACAGAUUGACGGCCAAGAUCGUGGACAAGAAGGUGGAGGAUUUCAAGGCCAUCGAUGCGGACGAGCUCGGGCGUCCAAAGAGCUUGUGUCUGGGGAUGGAGCGGAACGAAGAUCACGUGUUUGGAAUGCCCACAAGAAGGAAGGAGGAGUGGGACGCGGCACAGCUCAUUCGAGGAGGAUACUCGGAAGAGCAGCAGCAGCCGGACGCGGACCUGGGGCGGUCCGUCCGCAGGAACUACACGAACGGCGGCGACACCCACGACCGGAUCUUCGGAGUACCGACCAUCAGGAGAGACGUCGUGCGGCAUGGCAAGAUUCGGUCUGUGGCUGACAACCAGAACUAUGGCGACGAGCCCGACGCGGCCCGGCUGCUGAAGCCUCUCCCGGGCGCCGACCGGGGCGUGACCGAGGAGGACUACCUGCAGGCCAUGAGCCGGCCGGAGAUGUACGCGUUCAUGAACCGGGCGGGCAUCGACCUGGAAGACGGGACGUUCGAGGCCGUUUUCGACCGGGCCAUGCAGUUAGAGGACUACAGGAACGCGCCAGAAGGGGGCGAGGACCGAUGCUCGCUCGAAGCCUUCCGAAGGGUCCUUCACGCGACGUGA